AACACUGAGUUCAGGUACCUGUGCACUUACCUGCAAUCAACAAGGAACUAACGUGAGAGGGAGAAAGUCUGACAGACAGGGAAAAUCAGAGAGGAGGGGUUAGAUAAGGCAAGAAUGUAAAAAUAGAUGGAUCAAAUGAAAAGAGAAAGUACAGACAGCUGAAGAGGGCCGUAAAAAGAAUACAGCCUCACGGUGAGAGUGAGACAGAAAGAAAAGGGUGUCUGGAAACAAGGAAAGAAGGAUACAAGGGAAUAACAACAGAAGAAAGGACAGAGGCCCCGGAAAAUCUGUCAAUUUCCUCGUGUAUCCUACUGGAAGUCUCAACUAUGAACCUGAGCUUGACCUUCGCCUUGUUUCUGCUCCUCAGUCUUCACUCUUGUACAACCAUGGGAGGCAGAGCCCAGCGCAGACAGAGACAAGCCGAGGAGAGGCUGAGACCAUAUAUUGGCAGAGUAGAGCCAGAAAAGCUUUGUGAGUUGCUGAAAUGCCAUAGUCCAGUGGGAUCUUGGUGCCAGGUGGUUCAGGAAAAUGGAGUCCUGAUCCCCAAGUGUGUUUGUCCUCAGUCCUGUCCACGGCAGAGGGCACCAGUGUGCAGUGUUCUGGGAAAAACCUAUGGGAAUGAAUGUUUGCUGCAUAAAGAAGCCUGCAGAAAGAGACGCCGCACUGGACUGGCUCACAUAGGACCCUGUCUGGUCCCCAAGGCUAAAUGCACUGAGGAGGAGUUAGGCCAGUUUCCAUAUCGCCUCAUGGACUGGUUUCUGCUCCUGAGUCGUAUGGGGGAGUCGUACACACCUGGUGCCCCGCCCCAGAGCUGCCUCAGCCACACCCAGAGGACACAACUAGCGCAGCAAAGAUUUACCUUGUUGGACAAGAACAAAGAUGGCAAGUUGAGCCACAGGGACCUGAGGAAGCUGCGUUACAAGAGGAUGCCGCUGGAGCACUGCGCUACACCCUUCUUUCAGUCAUGUGACCGUAACAGGAACAGGAAGGUGACCCUGCGAGAGUGGACGAGCUGUCUGGUGGAUCGCUCUGAGGCCUGGUUCUACCAUUUCAUGUCAAUGAGUAUGGGUUCCCGCAAGCUGUGUCCUAGAAUCAAAGAGAAAAACUUUUGACAUUAGAAAAAUGGCCAUGAACUCCUGCUGUAAAGAACUUGCUGAAGACAACAUCAUCACACUUACCUGAUUUAAAAGCUGCAGGAUGGCAUCGCUGCACACUGGUCACUCCGCUGUUUCACUCUGUAUGGCAA